GGGUGAGGGAAUCGGAAUUCCAUUUUAUCUUUUGUUAUUGCGGUACGUGUAUACGACAGUUAAAUGCUGCUGCACCCCUUGUCAAACGAGUCACGCCUAGCGUGUAGAUGAAUCCUGUUGCCUGACGACGCGUCGUUCAAUGAUGGGAGAAAAAGAACACCACGUACAUUUUGGAGGUGGUAGCGGAGUUGGCAAAGAUAACAACAUCAUGAUUUAUCCUCAAAGGCAUGGUCAUCUGGAUGCACAUCUUGGUUUCCUGCAGCUUCAUCACAGGUAUCACGUAGAGUUUUCCGUGCCUUGGAAUCUCUGUAUACAAGAGGAAGGAAAAACCCUGGCAUCUGCAGUAAUCGUCGAUAUUCCAAAUCCAAAUUGCCGCGUCAUUGACUUUGCACAUGACAAAGAUGGUCUGAGGCUGAAAGUGGAGCUGCUGGCCUACAAAGAGAAACUGUUGAAGGAAGAAAUUCAAGUGAUGUGCUGCAAGUCCGGAAACCCUUUGAAGAUUCUUCUGAAUGCUAGAGUUUUAGGCAAAGGAAAAGGUACUCCUUUGUUGCGAAACGGGAUUCGGAGUAUUGCAAUUGAGGGGGAUGACGAUGACGAGGUAUCGGACUGGACGGGCUUUAAUUCGCAGGACUGAAAUUUUGACCGGGGGUUUCCUUAAUGGUUUCGGAUUAAAGACAAGGACUGGACGGUCGCUGAACUCGCGUGAAUCGCGCCGAGAAAUAAGAGCAAAGAUUAGAUCAGGCAGAGUAAGUUGUUAAAAAUUGUGGAACCUUGAUACAAGGAAAAAUUUCAUAAUAUAUAACCGAGAAUUUUUCGAUACUUUUCUCUCUCCAACGAGCUAUCAAAUCGAAAUAUUAAGGUUCGAUAUAGAGAGCCGUGUAUGAAUUUUAUAGUAUUGAUUCGGCCUAAUAAAUAUUGCUGAGUAUUUUAUUGUAUAAAGCUUUACGGAAAGUAAAGAAUUUGUACCAUCUGCGCCUUAACUUGUUAUCGCGAAUGACACAGUAAUGAAUACUAUCAGUAUAAAUAGUUUUUAAAUGAUGCUAAACCGCGCUGUUUUCCCUGAUUAUUAAUUGCAUAUCACGCAGAGCUAUAAUAUGCGAAUUACACUUACGUGUACAACAAUUUCUACACAUUGAAAUUUAUUUUACUAUAACUAUUUCCUAAAUUAUCGUUAAUAUAUAUCUAUAUUCUACUUACAUAAAAUAUAAAUAAUAUAUCAUAUACAAAGUUUUAUUAUUAAUCGUAAAUUUGGUGCUUUGCCUAUUGUUAGAUAUCCAUUAGUAAUAAAUUAUUGAAAAGCAAUUACGAAUUUCAAUUAUCAUGUUACACAUGCACUAUGCGUAUACACCUGUGGUUCAAUAAAAUACAUACAU